AUGGCGACGGGCCGAAUCGGGCCCAACCGGACCGGACCGGACCGGGCCCAGGCCGCGGCGCAGCUGCCAACCCCCGGGAACCGAGACCCGGCACCGCGCGGGGACAGAGCGGCGCCUCCUGCGGGCCCCCGCCCCCAGCCGCCCGCGGGCCCGCCCCCUCGCGGCCCACUCCCAGAACUACAAGGGCGAGACGAGACCCGGCGCCGCUCGGAUAGAGCGACGCCUCCAGCGGGCCACCGCCCCCGGCCGCCCGCGGGCCCGCCCCCUCGCGGCCCACUCCCAGAACUACAAGGGGGAGACGAGACCCGGCGCGGCUUGGAUAGAGCGACGCCGAGCGACGCCUCCAGCGGGCCCCCGCACCCAGCCGCCCGUGAUCCCGCCCCUUGGCGGCCCACACCCAGAACUACAAGGGGGAGACGAGACCCAGCGCUGCUCGGGCAAAACGAUGCCUCCAGCGGGCCCGCCCCCUCGCGGCCCACACCCAGGACUACAAGGGGAGACGAGAUUCGCCGUGGCUCGGACAGAGCGGUGACUCCAGCGGGCCCCCGCCCCCAGCCGCUCGCGGGCCGCCCCCUGGCGGCCCACACCCAGGACUACAAGGGGACACGAGACCCGGCGCGGCUCGGACAGAGCGGCGCCUCCAGCGGGCCCGCCCUCUCGCGGCCCAUAACCAGAACUACAAGCGGGUGGGGAGACAGGUCCCGGCGCGGCUCGGACAGAGCGGCGCCUCCAGCGGGCCCCCGCACCCAGCCGCCCGCUAGCCUGCCCCCUCACGGCCGGAACCCAGAACUACAAGGGGUAGACGAGACCUGGCGCGGCGUCUCCAGCAGCCCCCUGCCCCCUCGCGGUCAACACUCGCAACUACACGCGCGCCCUGCCUUUUUCCCCUCCGUCGCCCCGUCCGUUCUGCCAGCGGGAAACCGGAUGGAAGGUCGACCGCAGGGCGACUGUUCGACUCAGCAAGGACUCACUGGACAAAUACUUUUGUCAUCUAGAAUUACAGCACUUGUAGGUCCUGCUCAUGACCAUAAUCAUUCAACCAACAGGAGUUGA